AUGCUAUCAACUAACUCUAACCUCUCCUCUCGUGAAACUGUAGAGUUUGAGCAAGAAUACUCGGCCCACAACUAUCACCCUCUUCCUGUGGUCUUCCACCGUGCUUUGGGUGCACAUGUGUGGGACCCAGAGGGAAAAGAAUACCUAGAUUUCUUGUCUGCGUACUCUGCUGUGAACCAAGGUCACUGUCAUCCUGAAAUCAUCGCUGCGCUAGUCGACCAAGCCUCGAGACUAACACUAUCCUCGAGAGCUUUUUCCAACGACGUUUUCGCAGCCUUCGCUAAGUACGUCACCGAGUUUUUCAACUACGAAAUGGUCUUGCCCAUGAACACCGGUGCUGAGGCCGUCGAAACCGCUUUAAAGCUUGCCAGACGUUGGGGUUACACUAAGAAAAACAUUCCAGCCAACGAAGCCAUCGUCCUCGGCGCUCACAGCAACUUCCACGGUCGUACUUUCGGCGCCAUCUCCCUCUCGACCGAUGACGACUCGCGCAACAACUUCGGACCUUUCUUGGAAAAUACCACCGCCAAGAUUCCGGGUGGAAACGGUGAAUACAUUCGUUACGGUGUUGUUGAGGACGUUGAGCGUGCCUUCAAAAAUGCCGGCGACCGCAUUGCUGCAUUGAUCUUGGAGCCUAUUCAAGGUGAAGCCGGUAUCGUCGUGCCAGACCCAACUUACUUGACCCAGGUCCAGAAGCUAUGUCGUCAAUACAACGUCCUAUUGAUUUGUGACGAGAUCCAAACCGGUAUUGCUCGUACCGGUAAGAUGCUGUGCUACGAGCACUCGCCAGACGUGAAACCUGACAUGGUUCUUCUGGGUAAAGCUAUUUCCGGUGGUGUUUUGCCAGUUUCUUGCGUUCUGUCAUCUAAGGAUAUCAUGCUAUGUCUAGAACCUGGUUCUCACGGUUCGACUUAUGGUGGUAACCCAUUGUCGUCCCGUGUGGCCAUUGCUGCUUUGGAAGUGGUGAGAAAAGAGAACUUGGUUCAAAAAGCCCAAGAUCUAGGUGAAUACUUGCAGAAACAGCUACUGGACCUACAGGCUUCUGCGGGCGGAAUUAUAUCCGAGGUCCGUGGUAGGGGUUUGCUAACUGCUAUUGUCAUCGACCCUAAGCACGCUAAUGGUAGAACCGCAUGGGAUCUAUGCUUGCUCAUGAAGGAUCAAGGUGUUUUGGCCAAGCCUACUCACGAACACAUCAUCAGAUUGGCACCUCCUUUGGUCAUCUCGAAGGAGGACUUGGACAAGGGUGUUGCUGCCAUCAAGAAGUCCUUGGAAUUGCUACCCACUGCUGAGAAGGCUGCUCAUUAA